AUGCAAUCCUACCUGGAGGAGGAGGCAGCCAAGAGCCCUUCACUGUCUCUGUGGGCUGGUGAGGAGACAGGAGACAGCCGUGGGCGCCUGCAGCAGCAGCUGCAGCAGCAGCGGCAGCAGCAGCAGCAGCGGCGAUGUCCUUUGGUUGGGGCUGCGGAGCAGGAGCUGGCUGAGGUAACAGGAGGAGACGGGGGAUCUCUCUCUACUCUUCUUCAAGCAAUGCUUGAACAGCUGCUGCUGCCUCACCUUAAGCCUCUAACAGAUGCAAACGGACGCCCUCAGUGGAGAAUCUCAAUAGAUGUAAUUGUUCUUAAAGCUGGAGGUUGUCUCCUCGAUGCUGUCAGCAUGGCCAUUUGGGGGGCACUGAAGGCUCUCAAGCUGCCGAAUGUGUUUGUGGAGGAAGAAGAAGAGAAAGACCAGGGGCUCGCCCGCACGGAGUACAAAGUCUCCUGCGAUGAACGGAUAUCAGCAGGGAAACCGUUUCCCAUAGAGACGGUCCCCAUCCUUAUCACUGCAGCCCAGAUUGGAGACACUUAUCUUUGGGACCUCACGGAGGUAGAGGCCGCGUGUGGAGACAGUUUCUUAGUCGCUGCAUUUUUGCCCUCCGGUGCAUGCGUCGGCCUACAGAAGUUUGGGCAUGUUCUUGCGGACUGUCGCACUCUACAAACCACUUUAGCUUUCACGGUUGAGGAAGUGCAUUUGGGUCUUUGUCUGGCUGUGCAUCUAUUGGCCGCCGAAAACUCUACAGAGGGUUUGCCUGUAGGGUGCAUAGGAUAA